AUGGCCCUUGUUGGACGAAGCAAGGUUGCGUUAAUUGUUUGUUUGCGUGAUCGUGAAUCGCGCAGCUUCGGAGAAAUUGCGGAAAAAGUGGGAAUGUCGAAAAACGAAGUGUGGAACAUCUACAAACGAGCUAAGAACCCACCAGAACCGCUGCGUCGAGGGAGGCCACGAAAGCUCGAUCCAAGGGACGAGAUCACCAAUGCCGCCGAACUGCGCUCGCAGCUUGAGCUUGCGCAUGCGCCGGUGCAAACGGUGCAACAGAGGUUGAGAGAAUUAAUGAGUACGGAGCAUCGUGCCGAGUUACUGAAGAACUUGAUUUUGCGUCUCCAUGACGAGGAUGGAUGGGCAUUCAGAUGA